CGCGGGGUCCUGUGGAAGUCUUCCGGCCGCUUCCUCGGUAGCAGAUCUGUUCUGCCCUGAUUAUGCCAGUUAUAGAGUGGCAGACUAACCUGAGGGAUGGUAACGCCUCCAAGAAAUACUGAGAUAGCAAAGAAGGAGGGGAAGUCCACACUCUCAUGACUCGAUUUCAAAGGAACACAUUAGCAUGAAUGAAAAUAAUCUUUGUCAGCUUCAGAACUUUGCUUGUGUUCUCUGUCGAAGAACUGAUGAUUAUCCUGAAAAGUAUGGAGAAAAGAAAAUUUACCAGGACCACAAUCUCACUAUACAUUACUAUUGUUUGUUGAUGUCAAGUGGAAUUUGGCAGAGGGGUGAAGAAAAAGAAGGUGUUUAUGGUUUUCUAAUAGAAGAUAUCAAGAAGGAAGUAAAUAGAGCUUCUAAGCUGAAAUGUUGUAUUUGCAAGAAAAGUGGUGCUUCAAUUGGAUGUGUAGCCAGCAAAUGUAAACGAAGCUAUCAUUUCCCUUGUGGAGUUCAGAAACAGUGUAUUUUCCAGUUUACUGGAAACUUUGGAUCAUUCUGUUGGGAUCAUCGGCCUGUUCAGAAUACACCGUCUAGCCAUUGUACAGUUUCUUCAAAAUGCACCAUUUGUUUGGAAUAUGUUGAACAUCUUCCAACAUACAGCAUUUUGGGAAGUCCUUGUUGUAAAAAUGCCUGGUUUCACAGAGAUUGUUUGCAGGUUCAGGCACUCAGUGCUGGAAAAUUUUUCUUCAAGUGCCCAUUAUGCAAUAACAGUGAUAAAUUUCAGAGUGAAAUGUUGAGAAUGGGUAUUCAUAUUCCUGAAAAAGAUGCAUCUUGGGAACUGGAAGAAAAUGCAUAUCAAGAACUUUUGCAGCACUACCAACGUUGUGAUGUAAGAAGAUGUCGUUGUAAAGAAGGAAGAGAAUAUAAUGAACCUGAUAGUAAAUGGGAAAUAAAACGCUGCCAGUAUUGUGGAUCUAGAGGAACACAUCUAGCCUGUUCCUCAAUAAGAACAUGGAGACAAAACUGGGAAUGCUUUGAGUGCAGAAGCAUUAUCUACAAUUCAGGGGAUUUCAAAAGACCAAAAAAACGCUCUCUACCUAACACAGAAAAUAUUGGAAUUACUAAUUGUUUGUUGGAGCAGCCCUCUCCCAAAUUCUCCAGACAGUCCCCUAGAACUCAGAACAAAGAUUUGCUCAGGUCACCAAAGAUAUUACGUCAAGGAAGCUUGACUCCUAAUUCCUGUUUAGAUAGACCACCAUGUUCUAGAAGACUCAGGUUAAUUCCACCACUUAUUAAUGUUGCUGCAAAGAAUCCUUCUACUACUAAAAGAAAUGACAAACUGAGGUUCCAGAGAGAGAAGUUAAAUGACUUGCCAAGAUCACACAGCAAGGAAGUCAGCAUGUUGAAAAGAGACAUUUCCAACAUAUUGAGAGAAUUAGGAUACCAAAUUAAACAAAAAACUCGAAAACUCUAUAUCAACAAAGAAAAUAUCUGGAAUAGUGCCAUAAAAGGAUUCAGAAGGCGAAACUUUAAUCCAUCAGAUGCAAUUGAGGUACAGUUCUGUAAUGGAAAUGGAGAUACUGAUGGAUCAAAGCAUGAAUUCUUAAGCCUUUUAAUGGGACAGCUUGAGAGCUCAUCACUAUUUGAAGGGUCCAUGUCAAAGAACUUGUCCCUUAAUUCUGAAGCUCUUAAAGAGAAUCUCUACUUUGAGGCUGGUAGAAUGAUUGCCAUUUCUUUGGUGCAUGGUGGGCCACCGCCAUUUUUGUUUUCUAAAACAUUAUUUAACUGCCUUGUCUGUGGACCAGAGAAUGUGGAGCCAACUCUAGAAGAUGUUGAAGACAGUAAUAUGAUGCAAAUAAUAACCAAGAUAAAAAGUUCAAAAACUUUGACUCACUUAAGGUCAGCAAUACGUGAUUGCUUUGAAUACCUGUCUCACAUUGGAUGUCUAAGACUUGUAACAGUGCUAAGUGACAAGGAUGUGUUAGUAAAAGACAUACUCACCCAUCAUGUAAUUAAAAGAGUGCAGGCACCCUUGGACAGUUUUCAGCAGGGUUUGAGAACUCUUGGUGUGUUGGAAACAAUGCAGAAAUAUCCAGAAGCAUUUUAUAGUGUCCUAUGUCACAAGCCUGAGAGACUUACAACCAAAAUCCUUAGUGAUCUUUUUACUAUGCACAAAUUGUCUGAAGCACAGGACACCAGAGCUGUGGGGUUUUGGAUGAAUUACUUGCAGAAUGUUGAAAGUGGAGAAUCUGUAGUAACAUUAGAAGAUAUCCUACUUUUUGCAACAGGUUGCCGCUCCAUUCCACCUGUUGGAUUUCAGCCUACUCCAUCCAUUGAAUUUUUGCAUGCUGAUUAUCCUGUUGGAACCAAAUACUACAACAAGUUAACUCUUCCUAUAACCAACACAUAUAAGGAAUUUCAAGAAAACAUGGACUUUGCCAUCAGAAAUGCUUUAGAACUAGAAAGAGAAAAAAAUUACUACACUGGAUGUUAAAUCUUAUUUCAGAAGUGCCUCCUUGUAAGCUGCUAUCAUUAUGUUCUUAACAUUAUAGAACUUUGUCCUUAAUGCUCCCUUGUCUUAAAACUUGCCAGUCCUAAUUCAUUAGUAUUUGAUAUGAAUUUUAAAGAAAGUGGUGACAUUUUAAAAAGUACAAUAUGUUAAGGAAUUUCUUAUUCAACUUUGAUGUAACAUUUUGUAUUUUCUUGAUGCUUUUAUCUAUGAACUUCAAAAUAAGUAACUUUAGUAAGUUGUUACUUUGUCAUGAUACACAUAAAAACUUGUUAUUGACUGGUUUUCUAAGUUAUAUUUACUUCAGGUAAACUAUAAUUAUUUUCCAGUUUUGUAUGAAAAAUAAUUGUCUUUCAACUUUUUUUUCUUUUAAAGCAUUAAAUAGAAAUGCCACAGAAUUUAAAGGUAUUAUAGCAUAUGAAUCAAGAAUAUCCUAAUCUCAAGAUGGAGUGGCGUUAAGCUAGAAAUCAAAGUGUGCAGAUAGGUCAGCUGGUAAAAGAUAGAACUGCUCCUUAUGCACCUGUGAAGUUGAAUUAUGUUAAAAUUGUGCCUAAAAGUUAAUAUUUAUUAACUGUAUCUUUGGCCUUAAUGGUAACAGUUUUGGUUUCUGUAGACUUAGGGCAGUUCUGUGCCUUCAAAGUGAGUGAAUGUGGGUUAAUAUCUAGUUAUUUUAGCUGUCUACAUCUAUUGCCACAUUAUGGGUUUGAUUAUGGUGGUGGAUAUUAAUUGUUAACUUAGCUGAAUUACCAUGUAAGCCUUUAUGAGUCUCCCCAUAGAUAUUAACUUUUAAUACAUGUAAAAUGAUUUUGCACCUAUUAAUUUCAUUGGUAAAUUAUUUAAAGGAACAAAAAUAUUAUAUUUAGAAAUCCGUGUUCUCAUUCCAGAAGCCAUUCUCACUUAAUUUCCAUGUAAGUGCUGUUUUUAAUACAUUCCUUCCAAAUGUAUGCAUUUUUAAAAAUUGGAAAACACCUAUUCUCAUCAUCUUCCAUAUCUAUAAUUUGAAGUUAGUAUUAAAGUAGAUAGAACAUCUUUACUCCACCAAAAAUUUUAAUGAUUUUUUACAUUUGUACUUAACUAUGUUUUUUCACCCUAACUUACAAGUGCAAUGCCAGCUAAACUCCUCUAAAUUAAAAUUCAGCAAGAAAUCUUAUGAAGUUACUGAUUUAAAUUUAUUUCUAGAUUCCUUUGACAUUUGUUGGUAUUGAUGAGUAUUUUGGGGCAAAUUUGAAUUUGGAGGAGAGAAUAGCGUAAUCUCAGCUUCUUUUCAUCAUUACUCCUUUUUAGUUUUGAAAGUUAAACUUAUUUAUAUUGACAUGUUUUUUGAAUGUAGUUGUAUCUUAAAAUUUUUAUGGCUUCUGGAACCACUCAGCAAAUCUUUACUUCUCUUGGAUUCACUCAUGUUAAAGCCUUUAGGUAAUAUGAUAUAGUAAGUCUUUUACUUUCAAUUAUGUCUAAACAGAAAUCAGUUAGUGGUUUUACUUUUCACAUGUUCAUACUUAUAUAAUUUCAAAAAUUUACCUAUGAAUAAGCUUGGUUCUUUUUUUCACUUAAGCAUGUUUCUUUUAAUCACUAAUAUUCUAGUAUUCUCCUGAGAUGCCUUUUGGGCCUGUGCUGUUUAUUUUUCUUUUCAAAUGAAAUGGUAUAAACAAUCACUGAGUCAUUGAUAAUUGAAUGACCAGUGACUCCAUCCCAACAAAAAUCAAUAUGAAAAAAAGAUAAAUUUGCCAAGUCGCUUUGCCUUUAGUGUUUAUUCAUCCUAAGGAAAGUACUUAGAAUAAGAUUUACUCUGUUUGUAAAUAGGCAACAUUUUAAAUGGUAUUUUAUUGUUACUUUUAUGAUAAAUUGUACCAUGUUCUGGUUGUAAUAUCAAAUGUAAAAUGUUUCAUUUUAGUUUGAUUACUUACUUUAAUGUAUGUAGUUUGUGUCCAGGAUUUAUACAAUUUAAAAUUUGCUUUAAUAAUCCAAUCUCAAAUUUAAUUCUGCUAGUGACAGUUUUAUAUACAUGAGUUAUUUUUUUAACGUUAGGCAGCAGGGCAGAAUGGAUAGAAACCUGGUCUCAAAGCCAGGAAGACUGAGGUUGAAGGCAUGCAUUUGACACAUUCUGGUUUGUGUGACUUCUCAGUGCCAGUGCCCCGAGUGUUUUUCUAAGAUUAUAAAUUACAGAGAUGUUGCAGGCCUGCAUUGGUAGAGGGAGUAUCUUUACCUGAGAGUUUCCUAUAUUAAUGAAAUUAGUUUCAAUUCCUAUCCUUAACUACUCUAAAGUGUACAAACCUUUGAACUAUAGAGAAACUUAGAAAGAAACGUCUCGGAAUUAUGUUGACAGCCUUUCAGUACACUAUAACUUUGUCUACUCACUUUGAUAUGCAAAUUUGGGUAAUUUGUAAUGAUGUCUCUGUUGCAUAGGAAGCAACCAGAAAAAUACAUGAAGAAAGCAUACUUUUGUGUAAACUGACACAUUAGGACUUUUCCUGCAUAGUCUAUUCUGAUAGGGUGAAAAGAUUCCUUUUGUACAAUGUGGAAAAAUCUCUUUUUAUAAAUUAAAUUCUAUAAAAGUUUUAUUAAACUGAACAUAUGGAUAGGAAGUACCACAUAAAUGAGGCAGCAUUAUAAUUAAAUCUUCAAAUAAGACAAAUAGCACUCUGAAGUUAAUUUCUCACUUAUUCUCAAGAGAUAGAAAAAUUUCAUACACACACACACACACACACACACACACACACACACACACACACACACAACCCCCCCCAUGUAAUCCUUGUUUACUUCUCAGUCCUAAAGUGACCACCUGUUUGCAUUGCCUUCAUGGGUAUAAGCUGUAUUUGUUUACCACUGUAUAACUAACCACUUUAUAAUUUUAAGCAUUGACCCCAUUACUGACCAGUACUAAAGCCCUGGCCCACGGCUGGCCAAUAGCAGAGGCCCUGUUUCCGUAACAACCCAGCAGCAAGGCCCUACCCUUGAAGCAAGCCAGCCACUAAACCCCACAGCCAAGGGAAGCCAAUGGGGAGCCCCCCCUUACCCAGAACAAGCCAGAAGAGAAGCCUACCUUCUAGAGAAAGCAAGCAGCUAAGCCCUGAAGCCCAAUAAAAGCCAGCAUUAAGACCAAAAAACCCCAGCACAAAAAGCUUGGGAGUGCAGGACCAAAACCCAAUUUUCACAUAAAAAAAACCAGGUCACAAAAAAAGGCAAAAAAAAAAAUGAGCAAAAAAAAAAU